AUGGCUUCUCCAACUCUGCCACCCAUUGUCUCACUUCAAGGGGCUGACGAUAACACAAUCAAGUCCAUACUCAAUGUACUUUUUGAACCAUCCCAAGACCUUCACCUCCUAGCCAUUCCAGCGGUCCGCAACACCCCUUUCUCAUCUUACUCGUCUCUCAUCGAACACGUUGGAAGUCUCCUAUUUCAGCUCGCAGAAAGCCCAACUACUGCUGACUCGAGAGCAGAGCUACAUGCAAUCUUGGGCUCACAUCCGCGUCUGGGUGAGAAGAAAGUAGAGAGUGCACAGAGUCGGGCUGAACAGGCACAUCUUAACUCAUCCGGUACCUCAGACGAGAAAGAAGAAGAGGCUAGAAGGCUUGAAGCUCUGAACGAGGAGUAUGAGGUACGAUUCCCCGGAUUACGAUACGUAGUAUUUGUCAAUGGCCGAAGCCGUGAAACCGUUAUGAAUAAUAUGCGGGAGCGUAUUGACCGUGGUGACAUAUUCGCUGAGGAACGAGAAGCCAUCCAGGCGAUGAUCGAUAUUGCUUUGGAUCGCGAGAAAAAGCUUCAGGCUGCAGACUAA